AUGAAUGUUCGUCCCUUGCUCCAAAGGGCCCGGUCGGUCUUUCAUCGGAUCAAGAUCGACCAAGAUGAGGCUGCGAGUUACUCGGACGAGGUGGACAGGCAGAAUGUAGGGCCGGAAAAGUCAGAGCGACCGGCUCGUCAUGCCGAUGAGGCAUUGCCGAACAAUGGCGCGGAAUUGCCUGGUGUGCCCUUUGAAGAGCUGCAGCACGGUGUCCAGGAAGUCGAGGCUGUGGCUCAGACCUGGUCAAAGGUUGCUCUGAUCUUCACUUUUAUCAAUAUGUGGUUCCUCUACUUCGUCUAUGCCUGGAUUUCAUCCAUCGAUGGUAGUUUAAGCACUUAUGUCGCUAGCUCGUUUCAGCAACACUCCUUAUCUGGUCUUCCUACCGCUAUCGCCGAUGCUUGCUCCGCUGCUCUCUUCCUCCCAGUGGCAAAGAUGAUGGACACCUGGGGUCGUGCCGAGGGAUUCCUCGUCAUGUCGGUUUGCUCUACGAUCGGCCUCAUUCUGAUGGCGUCUUGCGACAGUUUCCCCGUUUAUUGCGCAGCAAAUGUGUUCUAUUAUGUUGGCUUUGGAGGAAUGCAAUUCGCUGUGGAUGUUAUCACCGCCGAUUUGUCCCAAUUGAAGAACCGAGCGCUGGCAUACGCCUUCACAUCUUCUCCUUAUAUCAUUACUGCCUUUGCUGGACCAAAGGUGGCUAAUCUGUUCUACGACCACACAGGCUGGCGAUGGGCCUAUGGUACUUUCGCCAUCAUCUUCCCGUGUGUGGCUGCCCCGUUGUUUUUCAUCCUCAAAUAUAACCUGAGAAAGGCCAAGAAGGGAAAUACUGUGGUGAUUAGAGAGAAAAGUGGUCGAAAUCUCUUCCAGAGUAUCUGGUUUUGGACUCUUGAGUUCGAUUUGAUCGGAGUCUUCAUCUUUACUGCAGGACUUGUCCUGUUCGAGCUACCAUUUGACAUUGCCGCCGAAGCUCCCAACGGCUGGGGCACAGAUUAUAUCAUCGCUAUGAUUGUGGUCGGAUUCUCGAUGCUCUUCUUCUUCGCCCUUUACGAGAAAUACAUCGCUCCUACCCCUCUCCUCCCCUACUCCUUCCUCACCAACCGAACAGUGGUCGGUGCCUGCCUCCUGGAUGCAACAUACCAGCUUUCCAACUACUGCUGGAGCAACUUCUUCCAAAACUUCCUCCAAGUGGUCAAUGAACUCACCAUCGCCGAAUCCGGGUAUGUCGUCAACACAUUCGACGUGGUCUCCGGCGUACUGUUGUUCUUCGUUGGAUUUGCCAUCCGAAAAACCGGUCGCUUCAAGUGGCUGCUAUACAUUUCCGUCCCGCUAUACAUCUUCGCCCAGGGUCUGAUGAUCUACUUCCGUCGCCCAGGCCAGAGUGUAGGCUAUCAAGUGAUGUGUCAGAUCUUCAUCUCAAUCGGCGGAUCGAUCUUCAUCCUCGUCCAGCAGCUGUCCAUUCUCGCUGCCGUCGACCACCAGCACGUUGCCACGGCCCUGGCCCUGCUCAACGUGGUCGGUACCAUUGGAGAUUCGGCGGGUCUGACUAUCUCCACGGCAAUUUGGAACAACACAUACAAGAAGGCCCUUAUCAGGUAUCUGCCGGACCUGUCUAAUCUUGAGGAUAUUUAUGGAGGUGUCCCGGAGCAACUGAAGUACGCCCCCGGCACUGCGAUGAGAUUGGGUAUCCAGGAAGCAUAUGGUUAUACACAGGUUAGAAUGCUUGCUGCUGGACUGGGUGUGAUGGGUUUGGCGAUCUUAUGGACCCUCUUGAUCAAGGAUAUCAACCUGAAGAAGGUUGCUCAGGUCAAGGGUAUGGUGUUCUAG